AUGUCUAUCCCUCACGACGAAAAUCAUACUAAUUCGAGUCUACUGGAUUUGUCAAAUGAUCUAGAAGAUAUUUAUCGUAAUUAUGCAUCUAGAUUUGAUCACUCAACUAGAAAUCCCGACAUUAACAUUACAAACAAUAAUAGCGUGGAGACCCUCGAUUCCCAAAAAAAUCAAUACAUUAAUCUGGCAAUAGCCAAACGUCUUCAAAAUAAUGGCCCACUACCCCAAGCUCAUAUAUCAUCGAGGUUGUCAUCUCUACAAGUUACCGAAGAUGGUGAGUUGGUCGCGAGAAGUGCACCACAAACUCCAACUUCGUCGUCUUCAUUUGAUUUUACUCCCCAUCCUCAUAACGCACUCACUAGUUCUUCUUUGAAUGUUUUAUUAGACACUCCAACCACCGAAUCAGAAUUUAAAGAUUUGAUUGCAUCCGCACCGAUGGUUGAACGUUCUCCGGAUUCUCCAUUACCUUCCUACCGUCAUCAUCAACCCCCACCUCCCCCAACUUCGAACUCUGCAGUGCUCGAUGCUAAUCCCAGCCAUGUCCCCGAACAGUCCUCACCAUCAACUUUGGAUGACACCCCAACAACAACUUACCCCAUUGGUCGUGCCAUCCGUGAUGACGAUAAUGACUACGAUAAUGAUGAUGACGAUGACGAAAAUGACAUUGAAAAUAAUGACAACUAUGAUUCCAAUUCUGAAAUUGAUGAUUCAGGUAUUCCGGAUUCUCUAAUAAAAGAGAAAAAUGACCAUGAAUGGGUUGAAAGAGGUGCUGCCGUUAGAAAAAUUCCUGCAAAUAAUUCCAAUGAUAAUGACAAUGAUGACGAAUCAGCUCCCUCUUAUAGAAUCAUAAGACGUACAGUUAAAGAUUUCAAAUUUGGGCGUUCUUUAGGUGAAGGUUCUUAUUCUACCGUUGUUUUAGCAACUGAUAAACAUACUUCCAAACAAUACGCAGUCAAAAUAUUAGAUAAACGUCAUAUAAUCAAAGAGAAGAAAGUCAAAUAUGUGAAUAUAGAAAAGCAUGCCCUUAAUCGUUUAAGUAACCGAAUGGGGGUUAUAUCACUUUAUUUUACAUUUCAGGAUAAGGCUUCAUUGUAUUUUGUUCUAGAUUAUGCAUCCAAUGGUGAACUUUUAUCCCUUAUCAAAAAGUAUGGUACUUUAAGUGAAGAAUGCACUCGUCAUUUUGCAGCUCAAAUUUUGGAUGCAAUUCAAUAUAUGCAUGAUAAUGGUGUCAUUCAUCGUGACAUAAAACCAGAAAAUAUUUUAUUAGAUGACGAGUUAAGGGUUCAAAUAACUGAUUUUGGUACUGCUCGUUUAUUAGAAAAGAAAAAUGAUGAAAGUGAAGAUUAUCCAGUUGAUGUUCGAGCCAAAUCUUUUGUUGGUACGGCUGAAUAUGUCUCUCCAGAGUUACUUGAAAAUAAGUAUUGUGGUAAACCAGGUGAUAUUUGGGCUUUUGGAUGUAUAGUAUACCAAAUGAUUGCUGGUAAACCACCAUUUAGAGCUGCAAACGAGUAUCUUACAUUUCAAAAAAUUACUAAAUUACAAUAUGCAUUCAGUGCCGGUUUCCCAAUGAUUAUAAGGGAUUUAAUCAAGCAAAUAUUAGUUUUGCAACCUUCAAGGAGAGCUACCAUUAAAGAUAUUAAAGAUCAUUUUUUCUUUCAAUCGAUUAAUUUUGAUGACUUUGACCAAAUUUGGUUAUCUGAAGUACCUGAAUUAGGUCCUUAUAAGAUGAAUGCUAAAUCCAUGAUGAAAGUUCCUGAGCUAUCUAAGUCAGCAUCUCAGUCACAGCUUAAUUCCAAAAAAAAUUAUAAUAAUGGUAACGUUAGAAAUAAUGGUAAUAAUAGAAAUAAUACUGACAAGAGAGUUGUUAGCGAAGGGGUGGUAAAUCAUAAUAAAUUAGUAAACCCAGCAUCUGUUGCUGCGUUUGUUCUUAAAAAUGAUAAACGGAAUAAUGCAGAUGAAGAAGAAGAAGUUGAUGGUGAUUUACCCGAUUUAUCUAAAACUGCAUCAAACUCUAGUUUUAACAAUACAUCACCAAGAAAUACUAUUAACCCACAACCUGAUUAUAUUCCUGGUACAAACAUUUUAAGACCUACAAUUCCAACACGUACGUCAUAUUCAAGGGGUAGUGUCAGUAAUCAGCUGCAAAAUCCAAAAAGAGGAAGUGCAUCAAAGCCCAAGUCAAGGGUUAUGGAAGUUUCACCAUUGAGCUCUUUAGAAUCCACUUGGCAAGAAUAUCUUAACCACCCGGAUGAAAGAAUAAUGAGGAUUGGUCCAGUAUUUGUUUAUAAACAACCCACUGAUUUAUUUGAACGAAGAAACCGUGGUUUAUUACAUAAUGCACCUUUGGGGCUUGCUAGUAAAUUACAAGCCACUAAUGGAACAAUUAGAGGUAAUGGAAGUUUGCUAACCCAGGUUGUCAAUGGAUCGAAGAGCGGAUUAAGAAAUCAUAAUGAUAAUCUGAAUGAUGAGAAUUCUUUUGGUCUUGACGAUGAAAAUAAUGCCAUCACCAAUCAUAUGGUAUUUGACGAGGAUACGGCAGCUGCUCCAGAAAGUCCUUCAAGAAGUGGGACAUCGGAAUCAACCCAAGAAGCACCCACCUCCAAAAUUGGAAAAUCUAUAUUCAAGAAGUUUUUAUCCCAUUCUAUUACUAAUGAGAAAAAAGACCAUGGAACCGAUGCAACUAACGGGGGUGACCAUGGUGUUUCGGAAAACCCAAAUGAGGGCCAAGAUCCAUUUGGAAGAGCCAGAACUUGUACUGUAUUAAUCACCACUCAUGGAAGAGUACUAAUAUUUAUUCGUGUGCAAGACGGCGAUAGUAAUGACUGUGAGAACUUCAAGUUGGUUAGUGAAAUCAAGUUAAACUAUCCAUUCAUCCAGUUUAAAGAAGUGGUAUCGUCAACAUCCGGAAGAUUGAGCAAACAAGUUCCCACCACCGGACUAUUCGCAAUUGAGUCGAUCUACACCACGUUCGUAUUCGAAGUUGAAAGCUACGAAAUCAACCAGUGGACAGAAGCAUUAGCAAGGUCCAAAAUCAACCAAUUUGAACGAGACCGAGAAGGGGAAUCCCAAAGAUCAAGAAGUAAUCUAGGUAACUCUUCCCCACGGUUAAUGGAUGCCCCUACGUUUACCAAAUCGCCUACAAAUACCAUGAACCAAAGUAGAAGAAUUAGUGAUUCCAACUAUACCGACAACACUUAUUCCACCCCCAAGUCAACCAACAGCACUACACCACUAUUGCAUAUCCAUCAUCACAUAAAAAUGGCUAAAUUCAUUAAAUCUGGUAAAGUUGCUAUUGUCGUUCGUGGUCGUUACGCCGGUAAAAAGGUUGUCAUUGUCAAACCUCACGAUGAAGGUACUAAAGCUCACCCAUUUGCUCACGCCAUUGUUGUUGGUGUUGAACGUAACCCAUUAAAGGUUACUAAAGCUCAUGAUGCUAAAAAAGUUGCCAAAAGAACUAAAGUUAAGCCAUUUGUCAAAUUGGUUAACUACAACCACUUAAUGCCAACCAGAUACUCUUUAGAUGUCGAAUCUUUCAAAGCUGCCGUUACUCCAGAAGCCUUAGAAGAACCAUCCCAAAGAGAAGAAGCUAAAAAAGUCGUUAAAAAGGCUUUAGAAGAAAAACACCAAGCUGGUAAGAAUAAAUGGUUCUUUACUAAAUUGCACUUUUAA